UAUUUUGGUCACAAUCUAUAAAUUUAUUGUGACGACUUUGGUGAGACUGAGCAUACCUCAGCAAAUAGGCAACGACUGCGAGAAAGGGUCGUUACAGUUGGCGCCCGAGCAGGGACCAAAAUAUUCAAAGGUCGUUAAAAUAGUGAUGGAAAUAUAGUAGUCAAGCAAAGAAAAUCUAAAAAAACUAGAUGACAUAAAAUAGCAACAUAAAUCGUAAGAAGAAACAAUGUCGGUGGGAUCAAGAGGAAUACCAGGGACUGAAGAAAGUUCAAUAAAUCCUCCAUUGUGCUCUUAUCGUCAGACAAUUGAAUACGUAGAGAAAUGGUCCUUCAGAUAUCACGGUGGCAAGGACACCUUAGAUUUCAUCGAACACAUAGAGGAACUAGCAGACAUGUACAACAUCGAUGUAAAUCAAAUUCCUCGAACAAUGCCUCUACUCCUCGAAGGCGAAGCACUAGAAUGGUUUCGCAAUAACAAUUGUCGUUGGUCACUUUGGACACGUUUCAAGUACGAUUUCUUAUCAUUUUUCAUUUCUGCUAGAUAUUUAGAGAACCUACAGGAUGAUGUAAUAUCCCGCCAUCAAAAACCCAAUGAGAAUUUCAAAACAUAUUUAAUUAACAUCAAAAAUCUUAUGCGACGAGCCUGCACAAAUCCAGAUUCGCAAUUAGAGCGAAUAUAUCAAAACAUGAGCGCAGACUACCGAAUCUUUAUCAGACGUCGAGAUUUUUCCAGCUUAGAAGAAUUAAAAAUACUUGCUGAUGACUUCGAAGAGCUUCGCAGAGAACAGCAUAAAGUGAAUCGGGACGGUACACGAAAAGAAACUAUGGGCAGGUGCAUCGUAGUGGAGUGCUCAGAAACGAUGCCAUUACAAAAUACUAUGAGAUGCAUACCCACUACGCCAAUACGGGAUAAACUUAUCCAGCAUCAUAAAUCAGAGCCACCUAUCUUGAACAAGCAACAGAACCGACCGACGGCAAAGCAAACAACAGCAGUAAGAACUAGAAUUACCAAUCCAUCAACAGAAUUAUUACCUAAGCCAAGCAUAAUAACACAGCACAAGCAAUGUAAAAAUUAUUUAGAGCAAAUGUCAUGCAAAUGUCUCGUACCAUCGCAAGAUCCAGAACCAAGCAAAGAAACCCCAGAAGUGUAUGAUUUACACCAACAGGAAUUCAUACAAAUUCAAGAGAUACAACAAGUGCAAAUUGAAGAAUUACAGCGAAUGCAAAAUCCAAAACCUGUCAAUAAAACUCCAGAAAUACCUAAGCAACAGUCAGUCAGACAAGAUCAACGAGUUUUACCAGUUCAACAGCAUGUCGAACAACUACAGCAAAAACGGCAACGCGAGACGCCAAACAAAAGAAAUCUAGAAAGAAUUAACCUAGUCCAAGUCAUACAAGAUAAACCGAUGUUUCAAAUACCACCACCACAAAGACUCCAACAUGUUACAACUACUGAAGAAUAUACACAGGUGCAAGAGGCACAUUCACAACGAAAUCCACCGCUUCAAGAAGAACAACUUAGGAGACCAUCGACUAAAUUAGUAAGAACAUCGUUACUUUCCAUACCUCAAGAUCAAGUACACUCAGAGACGUCGCUAAUACCGCGACAGGAAAUGUCCGUCAAGCAAUCAGAUCAAUGUCAACAGGAGAUUAAAGUCAUCGAAAAUAAAACUACACAACAUCGAAUGACUCACAAAACCCCAAGUCCCAUUCAAGAAUCACAACGAGUUUCACAUCAAGGAAAAGAUAAUUCUACUCAACUGAGAGAAAAAGUAAAUAUCCCUAUGAUGCAAAUAAAAGAACAAUGUCUCGGAAGUUGGAAUUCUUCCAGCAAUCGAACUCAGCAAAAGCAAAUGGAAAGUCAAGGUGAACUCCAGCAGAGCGAUCACGACUAUAUUAACACGCAUCAAGACAAGUUUUACAAAGUGUUUAAAUCUUCAAAGAAACGAAAUAGAAAUCACUCAAGCAGGUAGUGGUUCAGAUCCAGUUAACUUUCCCGAAGAAGGAGGGAAAUGUAAGGAUGGAAAUUUACACUAAAUUUCCACCUACAUAAACGCUACAUAAACAUGCACUAAAAACAAUAACAACACGAACUAAAACACAUCAACACAACACAGUUUUUUAUAAAACGACACACUUUUUAUAUGGUUAUGUUCAAACUUGGAAAAAGUAGACUCACUGUCACAACCAUUUACCAAAACCCAAACCGCUUACAAGCCUUAAUAACAUCUCAAACUAAGCUGAAAUAAUAUUAAAAUGAAAUAUAAAAAUAUAAUUAAAUAAAUUAAU